AGUCAUCUGUGGACAUAGUGUUGUGACAGAGCUCUGUGUCCAUUGCCACCAUGGCACAGCCUACAGAUCAGCAACAAGAUGCGAGGUCCUUCCUCAGCGAAGAAAUGAUCGCUGAGUUCAAAGCCGCCUUUGACAUGUUUGACACUGAUGGUGGCGGUGACAUCAGCACCAAGGAGUUGGGAACUGUCAUGAGGAUGUUGGGACAGACCCCAACCAAGGAGGAGUUGGAUGCCAUCAUUGAGGAAGUAGAUGAGGACGGCAGCGGCACUAUCGACUUUGAGGAGUUCUUGGUCAUGAUGGUGCGCCAGAUGAAAGAGGAUGCGCAGGGAAAAAGUGAAGAGGAGUUGGCUGAGUGCUUCCGCAUUUUUGACAAGAAUGCCGAUGGGUACAUUGAUGGUGAGGAGUUAGCUGAAAUCCUCCGUUCCUCAGGGGAGAGCAUCACAGAUGAGGAGAUUGAAGAGCUUAUGAAAGAUGGAGACAAAAACAACGAUGGCAAAAUUGACUUUGAUGAGUUCCUGAAGAUGAUGGAAGGUGUGCAAUAAGCAGUAGGACAUUCCUCUGGAGCGUUGUGACGCCAAACUGUACAUUACACUGCGUCUUACAUACUUUUCAGGAAGGGGCAAGUCACCCUGCUCUUUUCCUGUACCUCCCACAAUCAUCCUUGCUUCUGAUGUGCACAUCACUCUCCACAGCCAACUUGCAUCUUGCAGAGAACCUCUUAAUUCACUGUUUACUCUCAGACUUUCCACCCUUUGCAUUUUUCUCUGUAUUUCUGACAUAUGUUAUUUAUAAGAAAAAAUACAAAGUGACCAUUAAAACUAUUAGUGAACCUUUAUUAUCUCUGGGCUGCAUUCAUAGAAACUCCCGAUCUAGCUGUGGUACAAAGCAAAUGUCGCAGUACUUUUUUGCUCAACUCUCUUGUAUAAAACAGCAAUUAUAGUUUUGGGACACAGCAGAUAAUGGCUACCCCCAUAUGCCACUCUAGAGAGCUGCCUACUCUGCCUAGUAGUAACACAGUGGAAAGCACUAAUAUAUUUGCAUAUCCGUUAUUUUUACAUUCUUACAUUUCAGCAUGUAAAUAAAAGGGUGAUGAAUUUUG